AUGGUGGUGGAGGAGGCAUUAAUAAGGGGUUGCUUAUGGAGGCAGGAGGCGACGAUGACUAUGGUGGUGGAGAAGCUUCAGUGGUGGAAUUGGAAUGUUUUCGGGGACGUGUUCAAGAAUAAAGAGAGGGCCAAGGCAACUAUUCUAGAGGCCGAGCACAUAUAUGACUUGGAUCGAUCCCCCGAGAACCGUGCAAAUUUGAAAAAGGCCACUGCUGAACUUACUCUCAUGCUCAAUAUUGAGGAGGACUUUUGGAAGCAGAAGGCAGCUUGUAGAUGGGCGACUGAUGGAGAGAGAAACUCUAAGUUUUUCCACUCAUUAGUCAAGAAAAAGCGAUGUGUCAAUCGAAUCCACUAUAUCUCUCAUGGUGAUUCGGUUCUCACAUCUGCUCAGGAGAUCAAGGAUUCGGGCGUUGAUUUCUUUAGCAAGCUUCUUACCGAUGAUAUGCCUAGUUUGCUUCCGGUUGAUGAGUCCCUAUUUUCCGCUUCUCAAAGGGACUUUUCUUCAGUCUCUACUCGUCCGUCGGUUGAGGAGAUCAAAUAUGCGGUGUUUGGGAUUUGUCGAGAUAGUGCUUCGGGUCCUGAUGGGUAUUCUUCGCUAUUUUAUCAGCAUUGUUGGGACUUGAUUCAGUGUGAUGUUUGUGAAGCGGUUUGGCAUUUCUUCGAGGGUGGAUCUAUGCUUGCGAGCUUCACCGCUACCACCUUGGUUCUUAUUCCAAAGGUAGAGUUUUCGACGGCUUGGACGGAGUUUCGUCUGAUUAGCUUGUGCAACGUGACCAAUAAAAUUAUCACUAAGUUACUUACGAACAGACUGGCACCUCAUUUGCCCCACAUUAUUUCUCCUUCUCAGAGUGGGUUUGUUCAGGGUCGUCUCAUUAGUGAUAAUAUUUUAUUAGCACAAGAGAUGGUCCACUCGAUAUCAGUUCGUUGUCGAAAUCGGAAUCUUAUUUUGAAGCUAGAUAUGGCAAAGGCUUAUGAUAGGGUUCAGUGGUGGUUCUUAUUUCGUGUACUCGAGCUGGUGGGUUUCUCGGCGAACUUGGUUGAUAUUAUUCGGCGAUGUGUUUCCUCGUGCCAGUUCUCUUUACUAAUCAACGGGGAGCUGACGGGGUAUUUCACUUCGUCUCGUGGUCUAAGGCAGGGAGAUCCGCUCUCGCCGACUCUUUUUGUACUUGUGGUAGAUUAUCCGAGAAAGGAUCUUCCUAUCAUUUAUCUUGGAGCUCCGCUAUACAAAGGGAGGGAUCGGAGCAGUUUGUUUCAGACUUUGCUUGAUCGCAUGCAGGCCAAGAUUUCGGGUUGGGCUCGGACCGCUUUGGCUUUCAAGGGCCGUCUUGCCUUGAUCCGGAGUACGCUUUCGACUAUGGCUUUGCAUCUUGUUCAGGUUAUUCAACCUCCGCAGUACAUCAUUCAGCAGAUUGAGCAGUGCAUGGCCCGAUUUCUCUGGGGAUCUUAUGGUAAUCAGCGCCGGCCUCAUUGGGUUGCUUGGGAGAUGAUUUUUCGGCCAGUUGGUGAGGGUGGCUUGGGGUUGAGGCGUUUGACGGAUGUGAUUGACACCUUCACUUACAAGCUCUGGUUCCGAUUCCGUGCUCAGGAUUCUCUUUGGGCCUAUUGGUCAGGUCAUGUUUAUUUCUGGCACGACCACUGGUUUGGCGAUGGUCCCCUUUCGGGCAUUAUUGAUGGUAGUCGGCUAACGUCAGUUCGUGUGGAGUAUUAUUUGGUUAACGGUCAGUGGGAUCGAAACAAGCUAGCUGAGGAUAUUCCUUUUGAGUGGAUCGAUAGGAUUUGCUUGGUCCCGAUCUCUGGUGUCUCGGUUGAUUUGCCCAUUUGGAGAGCUUCUUCGGAUGGCAAGUUUUCCUUGACCUCGGCUUGGGGCUUGAUACGACAGCAGCAUACCCCUACCCCUCUUCUUCGUAUAUUUUGGGGAUCUUGUCUUACUCCUAUAAUUUCUAUCUUUCUUUGGCGUCUCCUUCUUCAGCGUCUUCUUGUGGAUCUCAAACUUCAGUCUCGAGGCACCUCUCUCGCCUCGAGGUGCUAUUGUUGUCCAGAUCCAUCUAUUCCUGUGUCGAGUCUUGUAUCUCAGUAUGACGAGUCUCCUUCUGUUGAGUCGAUUGGUCAUAUCUUCGUGGAGAUCCUGACGAAUAAGAGGCGAGUCAGAACACCAACUCUCACACCUCACCGAGUUGUUUGGCUUCCACCGGAUCCGGGUUGGGUGAAGCUAAACACAGACGGAGCCCGUAGAGCAACCACCCAGAUUGCAGCUAUUGGCGGGACUAUCAGAGGUUCGGACGCUGAGGCCAUACAUGCAUUUCACGAGAGGAUCUCUGCCCCGAGCAGUACUGCAGCCGAGCUUGUUGCCCUUGCCUCGGGGCUGCGAUUUGUUAUUCAGAGGGCAAUUCACUAG